CUGACUAUCUACAUAGAGAUGCCAAAAUCACCGACUUCUUCAUCAGGCUAACACGCUCCGCUGGGAUGCGCUCUCGGAGGCUGAGGCCGUGCGACAGACGUGCGCUCCUCGGCUCGGUCGCAUCCACACCGAAUCCCCGAUAUGAAAUUGCCAUCCCCUCAUUUACCCCGGAUGUCAUGGGAUACAAGGCCAAUUUGCCCCUGAAUCCCCAUGAAGUUCUCCCGUCUACCGGAUAAAAUUCUGGGGUUGGGGAUAUAAACAUGGGGCAUAUGCGCCAUGGGGGCCUGCUAUCCGCACUGUCUACGGUUCAGCCGCUGUUUCAACCAUGCGUUCCACUCUUGCAACCACAGCCUUGCUGUCGUUGACAUCGUCAACAUGGGCUGCGCUCAAGGUCUCGGAGAACAACAGCAGUCUGACCAUCUCCAACGACCGCCUCGUUGCGGGAGUCAGCAAGUCUCGUGGCUACGUUAACCUGCUCACGCUCGACGGCCAGAACCUCCUGGGUAAGGAGAAUGGCAACACCGGCGUGGGACCGUAUCUGGAUUGCUACUGCACCCCGUCUGGAUUCUGGACACCCGGCCGCGGUAGCAAGGUCGACUACCAGCUGUUCAACGGCACGGACGCGACUGGUGUGAGAUACGGCGGCAUCAGCAUGGGCGAGACGUACGCUCCAACUGGUCAGCGUCUCGAGCAGUACUGGUUCCUGAGGGACGGCGAGACAGGUCUGCACACGUUCAGUCGUGUUGCGUACUACAACGAGACUGCGCCGGUUCUGCGCAACCUGCAGGAGCUCAGGACCAUGUUCAGGCCCAACCACGACCCGCCGCUGUUCACUCACUUCGUGACCAACGAGAACUUCGAUGCCCCGAGGCCGGAUACCGACGGUCAGGUGGUCGUGCAGGAUGCUACAUGGUAUCUUCCCAACAAAGAAGACCCUUACGUGAAGGGCGUCGGUGACUACUUCACCAAGUACACGUUCCAGGACACUUGGAGGAAGCACAAGUCUCACGGCAUGUGGGCAGACGGAUCCGGCAGCAACAACGGAACAACCUAUGGUGCAUGGAUGGUGCACAACACAGUUGAGACCUACUUCGGUGGCCCGUUGCACUCGGACCUCGUCGUCGAUGGAAUCGUCUACAACUACAUCAGCAGCAACCAUCACGGCGACCAGACCCCCAACAUCACUCACGGCUUCGACCGGACUUUCGGGCCGCAAUACUACCACUUCAACUCAGGCGGCUCUCUCGAUGAGCUGCGUGCCGACGCCGACCAGUACGGUCUCCAGCCGAACUGGAACGCGAAGUUCUACGACUCCAUUGCCAAGCACGUCCCCAAUUUGAUCACUGCAGCUGGUCGCGGCACGUUCAAGGCCGACAUCGACCUCCCCAAGGGCGCGAAGAACGCGAUCGCUGUUCUCGCGCAGAGCGGCGUCGACUUCCAGGACAACGUCUUCGACACCAAGGCCUACCAAUACUGGGCCGAAGUCCCGUCGAACGGCAAAGUCAGCAUCGACCGCGUCAAGGCCGGCAACUACCGCCUCACCGUCUACGCCGACGGCAUCUUCGGCGACUACACCAAAGACAACGUCAAAGUCACCGCCGGCAAACCGACCUCCGUCAAGGCGAAGUGGUCCCCCGAAAGCGCCGGCACAGAACUCUGGCGCAUCGGCACCCCGGACAAAUCCUCAGGCGAGUACCGCCACGGCACAGCCCAGUCCCCCACACACCCCCUCCUCACCGAGGAAUACCGCCUGUACUGGGCAGCCUACGACUUCCCGACCGAGUUCCCCUCAGGCGUAACCUACAAGAUCGGCCGCGACGACCCCGCCACCGCGCUCAACUACGUGCACUGGAGCUUCGUGGGCGGGAAGGGCAACUACGUGCGCCCGGUCCCGGAGUACGAGAACAUCAACAACUGGACGCUCCUGUUCGACACCAGCGCCGCGGCCCUCAAGCACAAGAAAACCGCGACGCUGACCGUGCAGCUCGCGGGCGCCAAAUCCGCCGCAGGCAACACCGAUGUCUUCAACGCGAGCGAGCCGUACGCAAACCUGCCCUACACCGUCAACGUCAACGGGAAGGACCUGCAGCCCUGGAUCAUCCCGUACCACCACUCGAGCUCGUGCGCCGUGCGGUCUGCGGUCGUGUGCUACAAUAUCGCGCACAAGUUUGUGUUUGAGGCGGGGUUGUUGAAGGAGGGUGAGAACGAGGUGGUGCUGAGUCUGCCGUACAAGGGGGGCAACUACGAGAGUGCGGUGUUGCCUGAGGCGUUGUAUGUGCAGUACGAUGCGCUGCGGUUGGAGGUUAAGUAGCGGAUUGGGGCGCGGCCCUGCGGGUAGACUGG